AUGGCUCCAUUGUUGGCCUUAGCGCUCAUUUUAUUCCUAUCUCUUUCCACAAACGCCGAAGAUCGGGCUCACGGCCUAAGUAGUGAGCCCCCGGUUGCAAUCUCUCCAGAGGCAUUCGCAUUUUUCCACCCGGAUGCUGAUGCUAAGCAGCAUCCGAGUGGAACUAACACGUGUGACUCGUCACACUGUACCAAAUUACCUCUAGCAGCCACCGUGAAGUCGGCCCCAGCCCACGAGAGCCAGAGCCAGAGCCCGACCAGCGGGGAGCACGGGCUGGGAGCUGGUGGCAUUGCCGGAAUUUCCCUAAGUUUCCUGUUUGUGGCCCUCGUCGGAAUGGGAGUUUACCACGUGAUGAACAAGCGGAAAGCUAACAUUGACAGAGCCAAACCAGAGCAACUAGGAGAAGUUUGA